UCUUAAGAAACCCUCUUAAGAAAACAAUUCCAAAGCCUUCUCUUGGCAAAUUUCCCCCAAACUCACAACCGACAUGAAAAAUUGUCCCGAAAGUCAGAUCAGAAAUCCGAUAGCUGCAUUUGAAGCCCAGAGGCUCAGAUUCCUUCAAACCACAGAAAGCAAAUUGUUGAGGGUCUCCCAAAUGCUCAGUCUGGGGCCAGGUACUGAAAGACACAGAACAGUCACGGUUCCCCACCAAGGGCCACUGACAGGCUAGUGGUGCAGCUGCAGGUAAGGAAGACAGACCAGGGGCAGAGCUGUACAGGGGCGAAGAACAAAGGUUCUCCAGGCUGCACAGAAGGGCGUGAACUGGGUGCCCGGAAGUCUGUCUUUAGACAGAAGGUGGAUUCCAGAAGUGGGCUUGGGGGCUUCCCUGCACACAUAACCCUCCCCGCCGCGCCCCCCACCAUUUUCUUUAGAACGAAAACUGUCAGAUGCUCCCUGCCCCGUCCACUCUGCCUCCUUAACACUUGCUUUAGUUCAACUCAGUAGGUUUCAGUGGACCUCGACUGUGUGCGAGGUUCCCAGCUAAGAAUUCAAGGGCAGUUAAUACCCAGUCCGUGCCUGUGAGGAAUUCUUAGCAUGGGAAAGGGGAAAGCCCAUGGAAUGAUCCCACGUCCUACGUGUUUGGGGUGAUGCAGGGCCCAAGGAGCACGGCAGAGAGGGCUUCUACACCCGUGGAGGGACGCCAGAAUUGCUCCCAUCAUUUGAGCUGGGUCUUCAGGGAUGAAUCAGAUUUUGCCUGGUGAGGAAGAGGUGGGGGGAGCACGAAACCAGGAGGGGAAACAGCACGAUCCAAAAGGUAGGAAGGCAUGGAGAAGCGCCUGAGGAAGGGAGAGGAAUGUGUUCAAGUCACAGAGUUAUGUGGUUACAGGCCCUCAGCAGGGACUAUAUCCCUGUUGUUCAAAAAGCAGGAGGGUUCCUGAAAUUUCCACACACACCCGCCCAUGAAAAGGGCAGCAGCAGGGUCAGCUGGCCAGACUCCUGUCCCCACAGCCUGCCACCUCCUUUCCAUCAGCACGCCUUGUGCUUCUCCUAAUGAGCCCCGGGGAUCAGCAGGGCCCCCGACCCUCCGGCCCCCUUGUGCCCGCUGGCAGGAAGCUGAGCUGCACGCCACCACAGCCCGAGGGUUAGUGUGUUCUCACACAGGUCACACACACCUGCCACCGACAGUCCUGAACUCCACGGGAACGAGAGAGUGUGACGGGUGAGCUUGGAAAGGAAAAGCACGAGUAGAAUCUGGGAGAGGGUCCCAGAUGAGACUACUGCAUCGGAAGGGGGUCUUUACCGGGGUGCGGGGGGAGCCUAUGCAUGCACCCCAGGAGACUGGCUGUGCCUGUGGGGUCCCAAAGAGCUGAAAAAGCACGUGGGGGAGGACCGAUUGUAGGUACGUGUCACCGAGAAAGUGGGGAGGGAGAGUGGGAGCAGGCGGCAGGGGGAAUGAAUGAACAGUCGCAUUUGCUUUCCUUGCAGGGAAUAAAUGGCGUAGGAUGAGAGGGAGAGCCAAGCGCAGCCUGCCUUGGGGGACGGGGGUGGGGGAACGGUUAGGCUCUGCCUGCAGAGCCCAGGCUGUGGAGAGAAAGUCGGGGAGGACAGCGCGCCAAAUGUACCAUCUGCUUCCUGGGCAUCCUGCUGGCUCCAGGGCUAUCUCUCCCUCCCCCCUGCAGAGACCCUGUUGGUGCCUCUCCCCAGAUGGUGGGCUGCCAGGGGCAUGGGAACCGGCAUCCCUUUGGUGAGCAGGUCCUUGGGCUGGGGGAUGCCGCCUCCUCGCCAGCUGGUGCCCGGGAACACGGCAGACCAUGCACUGUACCCUGGGCCAGGCUGGCGAUCUGCCCCUUCCCCGGCUUUGCCAGGACAGAGACGAGUCCUGCCAAUGCCGUCUGUUUCCAGGGCAUUGAGGCACAUGAUCUCCAAGCUGGGGUGGGCAGGGUGGAGGGGAUCAGGUGAAAAGGGGCAGGAUCGUAUGAACCAAGGACAGUGCUCAGGCCUGAGCCUCAGGAAAUCUAGGCCCAGACCCUGGCUCUGUGUGACCUUGGGUAGGUCACUGCACCUAGCUGGAUCUCUAGUUUCUUGUCUGUUGGAUAAGCUGUUUGGACUAGAUGAUUUUCAGGGAGCUUUACGGCCAGGAUUCAGUAUCUUGUGAGGGGGACGGAGUAGAGAGCAGGAGGCAGCAUUGAAGAACUCAGGUAAACACACAGCACCCCCCCCCCCACCCCACCCAGCUCCUGCCUUCACACCACAGGCACCGCACAAGGCAUUGAGGAAAAGAGAAUGUCUCUGACACAGACGGCUUUGGUGGGGCAUGGGGAAGAGGAUUCUUCUCAACGUCCUGAGGAACCCACCCAACGGCUUCUGGGGUUCCUGAUCAGGGCUCGGUCUCAGCAGAUGAGAAAAUUUCUUGUAUCCUCAUUGCCGCCAUCAUCAUCAUCAUCGUUGGGAAACUUGAAGUUGGUCUUCCAAUCCUACCUCAUCCCCCAUUCACCUUCUCUUGGACCUGCCCCCGCCUUCAGCACCUCCCUCUGGUUAUUUUUGUUCAGUCACAGUCCCAUGUGGGGGUCCAGGUGGUGGGUGGCUGUGCGGUCACUGUGCCUUCACUCAGACUCUUUGAAUCUUUGGGUACCAUCCGGAAAAAAAACUAGAGAGGCAAGCCCUGUCCCUCCCGAGCGCUCCAUCACCUGCCACCCGCUCCCUUAGAAAGAAGAACCUUCCAGCCCUCUCAACAGUGGUUCUGAAAAGAGAAAAGCAGCAGACAGAGAAAGAGGAGAGAACACGGGAAUGGGGGACCCGCUGAGCAAAGAGGAGGGGGAACAGCAGGACACCAGGAAGAAGAGAAGUCUGACUGGUCACAUGCCCCCUUGGCCAGCUCCCCGCCCAACCCUGGCCCACUGCAGACGACCUUGCCACCAGAGUCCCCACUUCUCUGGAAGCUGUGAGGUUCUGUUCUGCAACAAGAAUAAGCGAGGGGUAAGGUUCACGGUUUGAGGGGUGUUGGGCUUAUUGGUAUAGAAAUGAGGAGCUAGGGUGCAAUCCAGUGGCCGGCUGGGGCUGGGGGAGAACGGAGGGAAUUUAGGACACCAGGCUAGAGAAGCUGGAGGGUGGGAGAGGGGGAAGGCUCUGAUGGAGAGCUCAUUCUUGCUACUGCAAAGGGCUUACCUCUAGCCCAGCGAAAAUGAACAGAGGGGGAAAAUCUGCUAGACUCUUCCAUAGCCGGCUAUGGGGAGGGCUACACUAUCGGAGAUGCAUCAGGUUCCUCACACCCACGCCGCACACACUCCUUCCCUGGUCUGUGCACGUGUGCAUACACUUACACACGCUCAUCAUGUGCUCACACGCUCAUCAUGCACAUACAGAAUCACCUGGGCACGUGCGCAAACACCUAGGGAAUGCUCUAGAUGCGGACACACUCCCACAACCACCUACGAAGAACACUUUCAUUUCUGCAGUCAUUUGUUUCUAAAAAGCUGCAUUUAGAAAGUAUUUUGUAAACCGACAUCCUUUUUUAGAUCAUAUGUCCGUUUUUAAACCCAUGUGCUCUGAGGGCACUAGGUGUGCCCUGUUUUUUUCUGCAGUCCCAGAGGUAAGUCCAGUGCCUGGGACAUAAUAGACACCCCAUAAAUUGUUGUUGAACAAAGGGGUGACAGAAUGCAUAAUCUCUUAAAAAGCACAAGACUCCUUGAUGACGAAGUUUCUCUAAAUCUGGCUUAGUGACUAAUGGCAGUACUUGGUGUGUGUGGUUGUGUGCGAUGAGUAAACGAGCCUUCACCGGGUGUCUACACACGCCUGUGUGAGUGAGUAGAAGUGUGUGUGCAAAGCAUGUAGGCACUAAAGUGGGGUGGCGGUGGGAGGGGCAGUCAGGAGACAUAGCCCCCCGCCACACACAUAGCCCCAGCCUCAGGGGGCUUGCCAAGGCCAUGAACGCACUAGUGUAUCAGGAAUGGCCUGAGUCUCCGGUGUGGUGGCGGGAAGUGGGGCAAGUCUGUGAGUUGCUCCCAUGGCGAAGAGACAGACGACUGCCCUUCCUCCUGCCCACUCCGCAGGGCUGAACUCUGAGGUGAUUCAGCUUCUUCCUUAUUUCAGCGGCCGCCUCCUCCUGGGGACCCCCAUGAAGCGAACGGCUUUCCUGAGCCUGCUAGCUCUGGUGCUGCUGGGGACAGGGACUGCCUCUCUCCCGAAGGGGAGGAAGAGGAGAGAUCCGGCUGGGGAAAGCGAUGCUUACGGGCUCCUGGGCAACUAUGUCCUGGGCCUGGACAACUACGAUGAGGUCAUUGACCUGAGCAACUAUGAGGGGCUCACGGAGUAUGGGGACCAGCUCCCCGAGGUCAAAGUGAGCAGCCCGGCUCCUCCAACCAGGGUCAGUUCCACUCAGAGCACAGUGACUCCAAGGUCACUCUCCUCCAAGCCGCCAAUGAACAGGCUUACAACACUGGGCUUCCUGGACUCCCCAGGCAGCCAUGACCUGCCCACCUGUUUGGUCUGCGUGUGCCUUGGUUCCUCUGUGUACUGUGACGAUGCCGACCUGGAGAGCAUCCCUCCUCUUCCCAAGACAACCGCUUACCUGUACGCCCGCUUCAACCGCAUCCGCCAGAUCCGAGCCGGAGACUUCAAAGGGCUGACAAAACUGAAGCGGAUCAACCUUUCCAGCAAUUCUAUCUCCUCCAUUGAUGAUGACGCCCUCCAGCUGCUGCCUGAGCUGCAGGAUCUGAUCCUUCCAGAAAACCAGCUGGGGGCACUGCCUGCGCUGCCCACCAGCCUCGAGGUCCUGGACGUCCGCCAAAACCGGCUCCGGAGCUCGGGGAUACAGCCUGGAGCCUUCAGGGCGCUAGAGAAGCUGCAGUUCCUCUACCUGGCUGACAACCUUCUGGGCUCCAUCCCCGGGCCUCUGCCUCUGAGCCUACGCUCGCUGCACUUGCAGAAUAACAUGAUCGAGACCAUGCAGAGCGACGCCUUCUGUGACACUGAGGAGCACAAACAUAGCCGGAGGCGGCUGGAGGACAUCCGCCUGGACGGCAAUCCCAUCAACCUGGGCCUCUUCCCCAGCGCCUACUUCUGCCUGCCUCGGCUCCCCACCGGCCGCUGCUGCUAGCUCGCCUGCUCCGCGCGCG